UAGGAAUUUCCCAAAAUGUUUGAUUACCCGUGCCAAUUUCCAAAAGAAGAGCCGCAUGCGCGUUUCAGUCUUUCUCGUAGGUUAUCGUUUCCGACGCCAUUAUCGUUCUCCGAGACGAAAACGGGAUUUCGCAAAAUAAUUCAACAUCAGCAGCGGUUCAAGCAAUUGAGGAUGGCAUCUGAUACAGUGAUGGCUAACAGUACCCCACAACUGGUACAAAUUGCUGUAUCGGGUCUCAUGGACACUCAUCCCGUGGAUCAUCUAGAUUCUUCCUCUGAUCAUGAUGAUACAUGUGAUGAGCCAGCUUUGAAACAUCGCCGUGUAGAUGUAGAUUUUGAUGUGAAUUCUGGAACCUCUGUUAAGCAAAUUUUGUUCAAUAUCAACAAAGCGAUCUGUAUGAGACUGGACUGUAUUGAGAACUAUUUGUCAUCACUAAACACUCGGACCAGAGAAAUAGAAGAUAAAGUGGACCAACUUAUGUCUAUGUCAAAACAAAACAACAAUGGUCAACAACAAUCGGGUGCAAUUAAAAAGGGAGCAAUAGUUGUAGGACUACCACAGCACAAUGGAAAAGCUAGUGGUGAUGGGACUGAUGGAAUGGAGUCCAAUGCCUCACUGAACUCUGUAGACAGUAUAGCAAGUCUAGGACCAAAUGUUACAUUGAUAACACUAAACAGUGAAGAGGAUUAUCCAAAUGGUACAUGGCUGGGCGAUGAUAGUAACGUUGAGAUGAGAGUAAGAUGUGCUGUUACACCAAGUGAUUUACUUCAUAUACACUCCAACUGCCGGACACCAGAGAAGAUGGCACUAACACUUCUAGAUUACCUGUUUGACAGGGAAACACAGGCCAUAUCUAAUCUAUCUGGACUUGGUAAACAUGGCAAAAAACAGCUUGAUCCUUUAAUGAUUUAUGGAAUAAGAUGUCACCUUAUUCACAGAUUUCAAAUCACAGAAAAUGACUGGCAUAGAAUAAAACAGAAUAUAGACUCAAAGUGUCGGACAGCAUUCCGACGACGUCAGCGAGGCAUGCCACUGACGGUGAAAGCGUUCCGCGGGAAGGCGUUAUCCGGAUAUAAUUCAUUAAUGCCAGGAGAAAUGAUGAGUGACGAUGAUUCUAUCGGUCAAGAUGAUACCCUUCAUAUACAUCAAGGCAAUAGUCAUGAUGUGUAUUUACAAGGUGAUUUAGACAGUCAGCACGGCGUGCCUAUGCAAGGUGAUGGUUUACAAGGUGAGGUACAGAUACUUCACGCCACACCAGAACAGAUCUCACAAUUACAACAUGCUCAACAUAUACAAAUCCUGCAAGGAGACCAAGUUAUACAAGUUCCAGUGCCACACAAUAUCCAACAGUUAAAUGCCUCUGAUCUCCCGGAAGGUCUACAGGUAGCUGUGUCAGCAGUCUCGUUACCCCAGAUGUCAGACACCUCCCCACAAUACACGGAACUGAAGGGGGAAAACGUAGUGACACACGAGCAUAACCAAUGACAAUUAACCUUGUCAGACUGUCUUGAUGAUUCGUCACCUCAAGUUUGACGCCACACAACUUAGUUGGUUCUAUUUAUAAAAAAAAAAAAAAAAACAUUGCUGCAAUGCAAUUAUGAAAAGUAAUGGAUGACUUUUCAAAUAGGGUAAUGGACUUCUGGUGUAGAAGUUUUGGUUUCUGGUGAACAGCAUAUCAUAUUGAUAUAGACUUACUGGGAUAGUUUUGAUAUUGAAGGUAUAAAAUGGGGUAGUUUACUUGCCUUCCUUAUGAAAGGCUGAAGGAGUUGAUGGAUUAG